AUGAAGACACCCAAGCGCAAGUCGGACUUCACUUCUCAGUGGUUUCGACAUGAAGUGAAGAGGUUCAACGACGCUGCAUGUACAUCCGACUGUAAAUCGGGAGGGGGAUCCUCAACGGAAUGUUCAGAAUACCCGAAGUUGCUGGCGGCUACGUGCGCGAUUUCAAACCAGUCUAUUGAGAGCAAACUCGGCAUCAAUAAUGACGAAGCUUCAUGGGUUUCAAAAGCAAAAAAGUCGUUCUUCAGAUCGUGCUCGGUCCAGGCAGACGAUACUGCUGAUGACUUGUAG